AUGGUUUUACAAGGUAUACGAAAUGUAGUACCAGCUGAAAAAAAUAAGAAUAGUCGUAUUAAAAAAUGCAAUACUGUCAAUAAACGUGGCAUUACAUUUAAUGUUCGAAAUUUGAUAAAAGUUGAUCCAGAUUUUAGUAGAAAAAAAUUAGUCAACAAAUUCGUUCAAGAUGUGCAAUAUAUAUUACUUUUAUUAGGUGAUCAAUAUUCAAAGUCAAAUAUCGAAAAAGAAACUACCGAACAAUUACAUUUUUUAAAAGGUGAGUGUGAAAAAACUGUCAGUAGAACAUAUGAAGAAAAAACUUUGUUGAAAACAUAUAAUAUUAUUAGUAUCAGAUGUCGAAAAAAAUUUAAAUGUCGAUGGAAAUACAACGAUUGGUUAAAUCCCAACUUUGAACAUACAUUUCAAGUUGACGAUAACACGAGCCAGGAUGACUAA